AUGGCCCCAAGAACAGGCAGAGGAAAGGGAAAUAAAACCAAGAUAGAGAAGAAGAAAAAGGAAGAAAAAGUUGUACCUUUUGUUCUUGAUAUAUCUGUCAUCACCCCAUAUGAAACUCAAGUAAUUCUCAAGGGCAUUUCGACUGAUAAAAUACUGGAUGUGAAGAAGCUGGUAGCUAUUAAUGUGGAAACAUGCCAUCUUACAAACUAUUCUCUUUCUCACGAGGCUCGAGGACCUAAAUUGAAUGACAAGUUGGAGGUUGUUAAUCUAAAGCCGUGUUUGCUGAGAAUGGUUGAAGAGGACUACACGGAGUCCCAGGCUAUUGCGCACGUGAGGAGGCUCCUCGACAUCAUCGCGUGCACGACACGCUUCGCCAAGCCGAAAGGCGGACGCGGCUCCCCCUCUGCUGGAACCGAUUCGUCCCAGAAGAAGAAUAAAACUGGACAGAGAAAAGCCGCGGGAGCAGUCCCCGAUGGAGAACCACAGUCGCCGGAGAAUUCUCCGCCGCCGAUUUCGGAGAGUUAUGAUAUGGUGGCGAUUCAUCCCAUUCCCAAACUGUCCGAUUUCUACGAAUUCUUCUCUUUCUCUCACAUCUCUUCGCCGAUUUCGCAUUUGAAAAGAAUAGAAACUAAAGACGGAGAAAUGCGGAAUGGUGAUUAUUUCCAAAUGCAGAUAAAGCUAUGCAAUGGGAAGACAAUACAAGUGAUGGCAUCAAAGAAAGGGUUCUACACUUUGGGAAAACAAUUUUUGCAAAGCCAUUCCUUGGUCGAUCUUCUUCAACAGCAAAGCCAAUCUUUCGCCAACGCAUAUGCUUCUUUAAUUAAAGCUUUUGUUGAACACAAUAAGUUUGGCAACCUUCCAUAUGGUUUCCGAUCCAAUACCUGGCUAGUCCCUCCAUCUGUUGCGGAUUCAGCAUCAGAUUUUGUUCCCCUGCCCACAGAGGAUGAGAACUGGGGUGGCAAUGGUGGAGGCCAGGGAAGAAAUGGAGAGCAUGAUCUUAGGCCAUGGGCAACAGAUUUUGCAAUAUUGGCUAACCUACCUUGCACGACGGAAGAAGAGAGGGUGGUUCGAGAUAGAAAGGCCUUUUUGCUUCAUAAUCUUUUUGUCGACGUCUCGGUGUUUAAAGCUGUUUCAUCCAUACAGAGGGUGAUAAAUUCCUCAGCAAUGGGUACAUUAAAUUCUUCUCCAGGAUCAAUCGUGCAUGAGGAUCGGAUUGGAGACCUCUCUAUUACAGUGAAAAGAGAUGCUAUUGAUGCAAGCUUCAAAAAGGAAGUUAAAAUUAUUGGCAGUAAAAGCGUUAAUGAAUCUGCCAAGGAGGUUACUCAGAGAAAUCUACUUAAAGGAAUAACUGCCGAUGAAAGUGUUAUUGUACAUGAUACUUCUUCCUUAAGUAGUGUUCUUGUUAGACAUGGUGGGUACACUGCAGUAGUGAAGGUUGUUGGAGAUGUUAAAAGGGGAAAGAGCCUUGCACAAGAUGUUGAAAUCGAGGACCAACCAGAUGGAGGGGCCAAUGCACUCAACAUUAACAGCUUAAGAUUAAUGCUCCAUGAGCCAUGUGCUAAACUAUCUGGGGGAGAUCAAUCUCUUCAGUCUGAUUUGAGGGAUGUUGAAACUUCAAGAUGUCUGGUCCAGAAACUAUUAGAAGAUAGUCUGAGAAAGCUGGAAAACUGUGAUGCUGUGGCUGAAGAUUGUAUCAGAUGGGAACUUGGUUCUUGUUGGGUGCAGCACCUACAAAAGCUGGAAUCACCUGCAGAUAACAAUUCUGGAGGUCGUAAUGACGAUAACGAGGCUGAACCAGCUGUUAAAGGACUCGGGAAACAAUUUAAAAUGCUGAAGAAGAGGGAAAAGAAACCGACUUCUGCUACUGGGAAGGAUGAAGAAAAUGAUAUUGGAGUCAGCAACCUAAAGAUGGAAAGCAAGCCGGCUGAACUAAAGAACUGCGAGUCUAAUUGUGAAGCAGAGUUGCUGAAAUAUGUUCCUCAAGAAGCUUUCUUACGUUUGAAAGAAACUGGAAUUGGACUUCAUACAAAGUCUCUGGAUGAGCUGGUCAAGAUGUUGCACGAGUACUAUAAUGAAGUUUCUCUGCCUAAGCUGGUGACAGACUUUGCAUCACUUGAACUUUCUCCAGUUGAUGGACGUACGCUAACUGACUUCAUGCAUCUUAGAGGAUUACAAAUGCGUUCUUUAGGCCGCGUGGUUGAACUUGCAGAGAAACUUCCUCAUAUACAGUCUCUUUGUAUUCAUGAGAUGGUUACUCGAGCUUUUAAGCAUGUCCUUAGAGCUGUUAUUGCUUCUGUUGAGAGCAUUGAUAACAUGUCAGCUGCAAUAGCCUCAACCUUAAAUUUCUUGCUUGGGUCAUGGGAUAUCAAAGAUAAAGACCAAAGUGAUCAAAUUCUCAAAUUUAAAUGGAUGGGAGCAUUUUUGGAGAACAGAUUUGGUUGGAAAUUGAAAGAUGAAUUCCAACAUUUGAGAAGGUUGUCGAUUCUCAGGGGAAUUUGUCAUAAGGUUGGAUUGGAGUUGGUUCCUAAAGACUACGAUAUGGAAAGCUCUACACCGUUCGAGAAAUCUGAUAUUAUUAGCAUAGUGCCGAUGUGUAAGCAUGUAGGGUGCUCUUCUGCUGACGGGCGAACUUUACUGGAGUCAUCCAAGAUUGCACUGGACAAGGGGAAGCUAGAAGAUGCUGUAAACUAUGGGACAAAGGCUCUGGCGAAGCUGAUAGCUGUCUGUGGUCCUUAUCAUCGUACAACAGCAAGUGCUUAUAGUCUUCUAGCUGUUGUUCUAUACCAUACUGGAGAUUUUAAUCAGGCUACUAUAUAUCAGCAAAAGGCAUUAGAUAUCAAUGAGAGGGAGCUGGGGCUUGACCAUCCAGACACCAUGAAAAGCUAUGGAGAUCUAUCAGUUUUCUACUAUCGCCUGCAACACAUUGAAUUGGCACUUAAAUAUGUCAACCGUGCUCUCUAUCUUCUUCAUUUUACAUGUGGUCUCUCUCAUCCGAACACCGCUGCUACAUACAUAAAUGUGGCUAUGAUGGAAGAGGGCAUGGGAAAUGUUCAUGUCGCACUUAGAUAUCUGCAUGAAGCUCUGAAGUGCAACCAGAGAUUAUUGGGAGCAGAUCACAUACAGACUGCUGCUAGCUAUCACGCAAUAGCCAUAGCUCUUUCAUUAAUGGAAGCAUAUUCCCUCAGUGUGCAACAUGAACAAACUACAUUACAAAUUCUUCAAGAUAAACUGGGAGCAGAGGAUCUUCGUACUCAGGAUGCUGCUGCAUGGCUUGAAUAUUUUGAAUCAAAAGCCUUGGAGCAGCAAGAAGCAGCACGUAAUGGAACUCCAAAACCGGAUGCAUCCAUUGCCAGCAAAGGUCACCUGAGUGUAUCAGAUCUCCUUGAUUACAUAAGUCCUGAUCAGCAGUCAAAGGAUGCAGACUCUCGGAGGAGACGACGCGCAAAGGUCUUCCCAGUUGGUGAUAAAUCCCAUGAACUGCAGCAUGAGGAAAGAACUGAAAUCACCAUGAGCAAUGAAAGUUUGGAAAUCCAGGCGAUCAUAAAGAGUGACAGUGCUGAUGAUAAGACAGACGCAAACUCCUCUGAAGGAUCCUUCAAGGCCUCUGAAAUUUCUACCUACAAUCGUGAAGAAACUGUGCAAGAAACAAACUCUGAUAGAGGGUGGCAGGAAGCUAAUUCGAAAGGACGAUCAGGGAAUGGUGCUGGCAGAAAGUUCAACAGAAGACGUCCGGAUCUUGCCAAGUUAAAGAUAAAUCCUGAGUACUCAAAUUAUAGAGACAACAGUUAUAGAAAGGAGGCUGUGUCACUGGGACAUAAAGCAACAUUUAAGUCAGUUUCAGCUGAAGUAUCUCCCCCGAGGCAACCUAAGACUGUUAAUUCAACGUUAGCUUCUAAAUCACUAUCAUACAAAGAAGUUGCAGUCGCUGCCCCAGGUACGGUUCUAAAGCCCUUACUGGAGAAAGUAGAAGAAUUAAGUGAAGAAAAAACUGAUACCCAGAUCUGCAUUAGUCUACAAGAGGCAGGAGAGCAAGAUGGAAGGGAAAAGGUUGCUGUAGACGACUCACUACCAGAUUGUGAAGACCCAAAUGGAGACAAUGAAGGUGAAGUUCAUGAUGGUGGAUCCAAGUUGGAAAACUCCUUCCCAAAUGGUGAAGAUAUUUCAUGCUCAAGCAACCAGGAAAGAUCUAUAGAAACAAACGGAAGCAAACUUUCUGCUUCUGCUCAACCAUUCAAUCCAGUUGCCUACUCGUUGACUCAUCCAUUAAACAACACUGCUGUCAAUAGUGUCUAUGAUGUAGUAGCCAGCCAAGGCACACUUACAGAUCCCGUGGGAUUUCCAUCAGUUUCUGCCAGAGUUCCUUGUGGUCCUAGAUCACCUAUGUAUUAUAGACGUGCCUUUUUGAAUUACCAAACCCCCAUUUCGGAAAGAAGUGGUUUUCUUUAUCCAAAAACAAUGAAUCCACAUGCGCCCGAAUUUGUUCCUAGAAGAGCGUGCCAAAUGAAUGCAGCUACUGAAAGUUCAAAAUCUGCUGUGGAUCCUAAUUGCUCGGAUCCUGUAGGAUCUUCUGGAGAGAAGCCCAGUCAGAAAGUUAAAACUGAUGUUAAAGGUGAAAGAUCUAAGAAAAACAGUUCUGAUGCGGAGAAGGCAGAGUUAGCCAGGCAGAUACUGCUUAGUUUCAUAAUGAAAUCAGUGCAGAAUUCUUCAGAUCUUCCAAGUGUGUCUCCAGUCACUGACAAGAAACCUGAAUUUCCAAGUAAUUCUGCUGAAGCAAUUGUAAACGAUAGUGCAAUUAUAAAGAUUUUUUAUGGGAAGGAUGAAAAAACAGAAUCAGUAACAGAGAAGAACAACAAUGAAACACAAAAAGGGGUAGAUGUAAAUCAGAGUAAGAAUAGAGAUGGAGAAGGUUUUGUGCUCGUCACAAAGCGGAGAAGAAACCGUCAGCAACUAUCAAAUGGUUUGUACCGUCAACAAUCAAUCUCUGCUUCAGUGCAUUGA